GGCCGCAGCGGAAAUGGAGUAUGACGACGACUUCGGGAUGGAGGAACUGCAGGCAGAGGCGACGGCAUCGACGGUGCAAUAAAGCGCUCACCAGCGAGCUUCUGAUCACAGCGCGCCGAAGAGGAUGCUCCCCCCUGCACCCGAGGCGCAGCAGGCGCAUGGCUGCGAUGCAAGGAAAGACAAGGCUGCCGUCGUCGUGGCGGAAGGCGAUGAUGACGAGACGUUGGAAAGACGUCGCCAGCGCAAUCUUGCACAAGAUUCCGCAGCCCCAUUGAUGACUAAACGCCUCCCGGAAAAGGAAGUCGUGCCAGAGCGACACGCAAUCGAGGGCAAGGCGGCAGGUGCUGCGGGCGGGACCGCCACAGUGAACUCAGCCCCCGUGGCGACGGCGAGAGAGGAGGCAGCAGCUGCGACGACGGCGAGAGAGGACGCGCGUGGCGAGAAGACAAUCAAUCGGGAGGGCGGCGAUGUUGGUCCGAGCCGGGUGCGCAAGGAAACCAUGAGCAGAGAGCUCAUUGAUCGCGCCCUGCUCUGGGUGGAUGACAAAGCGUUCUGGACGACGGGGGAGGGGCGGAGAUUGUACAACAUCAUCCACGAGACGCGGGAAUACUUUGUCGCCAUCGCCAGCGGCCUUCCAGCGACUGAUGUCUCUCGCAGUGUCAUCCUGCCGAAGUCGAGCACCAGGGUAGCCAGGAUCUCCGACCCAUCGCAGCUGCAGCAAGCGAUCUCCCGUGCGGCGAAAGUGGAGAACGUGGCUUUGCGCGUCCUGCACGGCUGGGUUUUCAAGUCCGGCAACUGCGCAAGGGGGUACAACCUGGCUUACCAGUACGCACUAGAAUCCGUAGCGAUGGACAUCGUGCGUGCUUUGUGGUACGCCGAGGACUGGUCCAACGUCGUCAGUGCGCCCAUCUGCGGCCACACGAUAGAUCGCAACAUGGACUUGCCACUGUGGUUCGCCGGCGCCCAUAUCGACGACAGACCCGACGACGACGACAUGGCGGCGUACCAGGAGUCGACAGCCAUCUGCAUCGCCCAAGCAUUCCGCACGGCGGUGCAGAUGGGAGCGCACAUUGACGGCGAUUUCAUCUCCUACGACCGUCUUUGUCGGGUGGCUGACUGCUUUAGACUUCUGUUGGCGGCGGCAAUGUGGAUAAUGCGCACGGCGGGAGACGACUUCCGCAGCCACUACGAGGCGUUCUACUCCGUCAACUUGCUGGCCAGGCCUACACUGGUCGCGUCCAUGCAUCGCUCCUUCGACCAUAGACGAUCCGUCGUCCACGCCGCGAAAGCCGUUACCGAGAGGCUUGGGAAGGCGAACCCCACGUUUGGCGAGCACCCCAACUACAUCCCUCAAUGGGCACCCUGCGGCAUUACUUUCGGCCACGACGCCAGCGUAACGGGUCCGGAGGAUUGCAAGAGGCUUGAUUGGUUGGGUUCGGGCCCCCCCGAUGACGACGGCGACGACGACAAGAAAGAAGGCGCGUAGGGGGUGGGGCGGC